AAUGAAGCCAGAGCCUCUCCUCAAUUUCGCCUCCCCGGCCGCCGGCGGUCGGCUCGUGACGCCCUCCUCCCGUCCCGGCCCCUCGCCGAACCCACACGGCACCUCCAAGUUCCCUUCCACCGAUGCUCGCGUCAUCUCGGAUUCUUCUCUCGUAGUCGUUGGCUCGUUGCCCGGGCCUCCUCCCCUCUGCUGGUGCUGGAAGUUCAGAUCCGUCCCCGUCCGGACUUGGGGGUUGAUUUCUGCGUCCACUGUUCGCGUUUGGUGAGCGGCGUUAAUCCGCGUUUGGCAGAUCGGAUUGCUGCAGGGAAACCGUGGAUUUUUUUUUUUGAGCGGGCGCUGUUGCGGAGAUGCAGAAGCUGGGGGAUUUCAGGCUCCCUCCCUUUUUCAACUACCCGCCAUACUUCACUUUGCAGCCUGUGCGUGAAACACGGGAAACACAAGUGCAGCUAUGGAAAGAUCUGAUACUUGAUUACUGUAGAAGCCAAAAUAUACAUAUAAUCUCCCUGGAAGAAGAUUUUCCCUUGUUCUCCAAUCCCAAGAUUGAGAGAUCUCUUAGCCAUGAAGCAAAGGAAGUGUUCCUCGCAGCUCUUGUUAAUGAAGGACGUGCAGAGUGGAUGGACAAAGGUCACAAAAAGUGCCUUAUUCUUUGGCUACGGAUACAGGAUUGGGCCAAUUACAUAUUGAACUUUGUAAAGGAUAAUGGAUUGGAAGUAAUGACUAUUGAAGAAAUACGCUCUGGAAUUGAUACACGUGGAACUAAACUUGCGGGAAUUGAUCGUGGUGUUCUCAUGCGGGCUUUGCGGCUGUUGGAACAAAAGGGCAAAGCAGCUGUCUUUAAAGGCACUUCAGCAGAUGACGAAGGCGUAAAAUUUUCUGUCUAAACUUUUUGCAGUUCUCAAACAGGCAGACCAAUAAUUUUGAUCAGUGUCUUUGAACAUGCGUCCCUGUAUAGCAGUAUGCUGAUUACACUCUUGUUGGGUAUUUGUCUGCAUGUUUUUCAGUGCUGCGGUUGUUAAGUGAGCUUUUCGUCUU